CAAUGGUAGAAAGCCAGUCGUAGUUUGUAAGAGAAGACACACUUGAGAGCUGAUACCGCUGAUGCUGCUGUUAAAGUCAUUAGCAGCUCUCACUGAGGUCAAUAAGGACACAGUACCUGGUUACGCUGUCAGACUCACCGGCUGCUGGAAAAACACACGACCAUGAAAAUGAAUAACGUCUCUGGAUAGCCAUGCACACACAAUAUUCAAUCAUAAAGAUGGACACACCAACUUUACGCAUACCAGCAAGAGUAAGCACACACACAUACACACACACCCCCACUACAGAUCUGCUAUACUAGCUGUAAUCCUGUCCCCUCUCGACAGCAUUCCAAGUGACACCAAUGCCAGAAUUCCUGAAGAACCACAAUGGCGUCACAUGGGAGACACAGAGCCUGAGUUUUGGGGUGGAGGUAGGACUUAAUGUUGUGGCACUGAGUAAAGUAUAAGAGAGAUGGAGUAGAUUAGGAGGGCUAGAUAGGCCGGUGUGUUAAAUGGAGCAGUGUGUACGCCUGCGUGUGAGCGCUUUUGUGCUUGUGCGUUGAUGAGAAAGAGAACUAGAUGUAGUAGGGACAAGAAAGAGACGAGGGAGUGCUAGCAGUCACCCCUCAAAUUAGAUAGGGCUGAAGACAACUCCACAAAAACUGUUUUCCGGUCUUUAUCUCACACCCCUGUAGUGACUGCCUGUAUGUGUGUGAAACACAAUUGCUACCACCUACUAACACUUCCGGCGGAUGUACGGAGCCGCAUGAAGCAGUGAGCAUAUUUAACCUGCCUCUCUCAGUAAGCUGCAUCAGAAUUAGGGGUCAAUGUGUUUCACGAGGGGGGUGGGGGUUACGGGACAAUUAAGUCAGAUCUCUGAGCAGGAAGGAAGGUCUUCAACAAUUUUCCCCAAAUACUUAGAACAUAAACAAAAAUCAGAAGCUAAGUGAGUUCCUUGGGCGAUUUCAGUUUGUAUCUCCAAACAAGUGUGAAGACCAGGCAAAUCAUGAAUUAAAAAGCGAUGAUUGUUUAUUAUGUAAUGCUGACAGUGAAUCGAUGUAGGAAACAAGAUGCAGAUGCAAAAAGUAGAUGAGAAAACAACCGUUAAGCAAUAUGCCCCUAUUAAAAGUAAUGAGAAGAGUGUAUUUUAUUUUGUUUUAGAGUGUAAUUUCAUUGAAACAAAUAUAGAAGCAAAUAGUCACACACAUUUUAGACAAGGCUAGAAGUGGGCUAUGUAACUGUUAGUUAAAAUUUAACAUUAAAAUAAUAUUCCUAUCCUUCCCUUAAUAUUAAUAAUAGUGACAAACCCUGUGGUUAAAAAAAAAAAAGAAAGUCUGAAUGCUCUACAUGAGCAGUAGCAGUCACAGUGUGUGCUGGACAAAUAGCCAUUCAGCGCUGCAAACCCUGUCUUUUUUUGGGCCAUCAGACUGUACUGCCUCCAUGACUGUUUGGAAGGCGGUACUACAGUAAAUAAGCCUUCAGUUGCUGUACAGUUUUUUUGGAGGUGCAUACCCUACCCUGUUAGAACUACAGCAUGGCCGAGGUUCUUGUGGCAAACAUGCUGUAGUUCCUCAAUAGUGUUCCUGGAAUAGUUCCUGUGGUCAAAAAAUAUCAUUACAUACUAUGCAAGACAUGAAGAUGGGAGUUUGAUAGAGAAAAGAAUAAUCUUAUUCCUAGAGUAAAGAAGAUAAAGUAACGGUAGGAACCUAAGAUAAAGCACAGGCAGCAGCCACAUAGUCAUCCUUUUAAUAGGGGGGGCAAACAGGACCUUAGAGAAAUGGGGUGCCUGUCAACAGGGAAACUAACUGAGAAAGAAAGCAGACCUCAUACUGUGAGCUGCACAGCAAAUGUGUUCUCCUUUUCAAUCUUUCCACACAAAACGCUAUGUGGAACAUUGACCUGACCACUCUGCUACUGCACACGGAGUGAACACUUUCCUAAACAAUUACUGAUUGUCUGUGAGUAUUUGAGAAAGUGAAAAAAAAAAAAUACCAUUGUCAUUAAAUUCUUAUGGCAGUAAUUUCCUCUGCUGUGGAACACCAUACAAUCUACACCCCUGCUGUUUACAUUCCUUUUGUUAGCCUUUGUAAACACAGAAGUGACUGUUUCAGAGUCCCAACUCUUAAGAUCUUUUAUUCUUGCAGGGGAGGCCUGGGGGGACUUGGAGGGAGCACCAGUAGCUGUCCAUAUAUCAGUCUAACCAGCCCACAGAAAUGCAGGGGUUGAUGUGGAGCCUGUGUGCCCUGCUCUGCCUCUCCCUCUGGGAGGAAAGUUACUGCAGGAGCUCCAGGGAAGCCCAGAGGACCAAGGAGCUUUCUCUCCACAGGAGUAAAAGAGCUCCCCUCGACCCUGACGCCAAAAAGUGCUCCUACACCUUCCUUGUACCAGAGCAGAGAAUCACAGGUCCAAUCUGUGCAAGUACCACAGGCCCUGAGCCAGACAAGGACAGAGUGACCCGUAUGGACAUUGCAGAUGUGCGGGAGGUGCUCAACAAACAGCGGCGUGAGAUUGAGACGCUGCAGCUGGUGGUGGAUGUGGAUGGUAACUUGGUGAAUGAGAUGAAGCUGCUGCGGAAAGAGAGUAGGAACAUGAACUCCAGGGUGACCCAACUCUAUAUGCAGCUGCUGCAUGAGAUCAUCAGGAAAAGAGACAACUCUCUGGAGCUGGCCCAGCUGGAGAACCGUGUCCUCAAUGUGACCUCUGAGAUGAUGCGACUGGCUUCAAGGUACAAGGAGCUGGAGGCCCGGUUUGCCACAAUGGCCGGUGUGGUGAACAACCAGUCCGUUCUCAUCUCUGCACUGGAGGAGCAGUGUCUGAGGACACUAGGACGUGGUGAGCUGCCCGUAGUUCCCCCACUGGUACAGGUGGUACCACAGAAUAUACCGGUUAACAAUCGUUUCACCAACGAGAUCCAGAGGGACAAUAACAAUCGGGCCUUUCCCAGAGGAUCACGCAUGGACUCCCCUACUGCAAGCCCAUUUGGGAUUGACCCACCACCACCACAGGGAACACUUACCUCUGAUGGUCCCUUCAGGGACUGUUACCAGGUGCGACAGGCAGGUCACACCACCAGUGGGAUGUACCUGCUUAAGACAGAUGGCAGUGAUCGGUUGAUCCAAGCCUGGUGUGAACAUGGCCUUGACAAUGGAGGAUGGACUGUGUUGCAAAGGAGGAGAGAUGGCUCCGUUAACUUCUUUCGGAACUGGGAGAACUACAAGAGAGGCUUUGGAAACAUAGAUGGGGAACACUGGCUCGGACUGGACAAUAUCUACAACCUGGGGAAACAGGGCGACUACAAGCUGAUGAUAGAGCUGGAGGACUGGACAGGGAAGAAGGUGUACGCUGAGUACAGCAGCUUCCGCCUGGAAUCAGAGAGCGAGGGCUAUCGGCUGAGGCUCGGCACCUACCAGGGCAAUGCUGGGGACUCCUUCAUCAGUCAUAACGGCAAACAGUUCACCACUCUUGAUCGCGACAAGGACGCGUUUUCAGGUAAUUGCGCCCACUUCCAUAAAGGUGGCUGGUGGUACAAUGCUUGUGGUCAAACCAACCUCAAUGGUGUAUGGUACAGCGGGGGGGUUUACCGCAGCAAAUUUCAAGACGGAAUCUUCUGGGCAGACUAUGGAGGCGGUUUCUACUCCCUCAAGUCAGUCCGCCUCAUGAUCCGGCCGAUUGACUGAAACCUCAGACUGUGGUUCCCUUCAAAUGCACCUCAGUUUCCUCUCUUAUCUUUAUCUACCCAUAAACAAAUACUGUAAAGGCAGAACCAGGAAUCCAUGCCAUCGGACAACAGUGCCUAGUGAAAUACAAUGGAGGAAGAGACGGUGGCAUGUGUUUAUGGCCAGACAAUAAUGACUCCAGCAGUCUGCGCAGUGGCUAGCUCCCAUGUUGAACUUUGACAUGAAGACUGAUGCCAUUGUCCUCCCUAAGUAACUGCUCUCCUCCAUCUUUCAGUCUGGAAAGUAAUGGUCCAUCAAGCUCCCUGGGACCAUCAAGUAUUACUCUUAAGUGUCCUAUUUUACUCACUCUUGUUGAAACUCAGAAUGUAAUAAAGGGAAAUGGUCAUUUACUAAAGACAUGAGAUUUCUUCUGAGCAGCUAAUGGUGACUUAUUGAAAGUAGUGUCGCCCAUACCAAGGGGGUUUGGAUGUAGUGGGAUGUUAGCAGCAACAAAAAUGAAAAAUGAUGCAAUUUAAAAGUUGUGUUGCCAGUUGCCAACUGUUAGAGAACAGGUCUUGCUAAACCUACUGUCUACUAGUUUCUGGGUUUUGUCUGGACUUCCGGGGUUCCUUUCGACCCCAACAGAAAAUGAACUUGUGCAACAGUGUGCAUGUCCAAUGUGCAUGUGGCUGAGCUGGCUUUGGUAUGUAAAUAUCUUUGGCUUUAUUUGUGAAAAGGUAAUUUAAGAGGUGUGAUUCUACUCAGGCCAAAUGUCCACAAUGUUGUCACUCUGCCAUUCUUUGUUAUUUAUCACUGUAUUUAUAGUAAGUAUAGUCAUGGCCAUUUUAUAUCUAGCCCUGUAACAAUACAAGUCUUAAUAUUUUUAUCCAAUGGUGAGAUACAUUAAUAACACUUGAAGUGAAGGAAACAAACACACACAAACACACACAACUAGCUGAUACAAACAAGACCAUCAGAGCGGAUUUGGGAGGAUCGAGAAUUUAUAACAUGCACUGUUUUCAUCCACGUCAAAUUAAAUUCUUUUAUAAACAUUA